AUGCCCAGAUCCGCUAAGGGCCUUGCCAUUGCCAGACCAGAUCCCAAUAACCAUGCUGUUUGUGGCUCUUUUGAAUUUGGAUCAUGUGUGGGCUACUCAGCACCCACUCAAUCUGCUAUCAGACAAGACUUAAAGUUAUCACUAGCCGAGUACUCUAUGUUUGGAUCUAUAAUAACAAUUGGAGCUAUGAUUGGUGCAAUAACAAGUGGAAAAAUUGCUGAUCUCAUUGGUAGAAAAGGGGCAAUGAGAACUUCAUCUGCUUUCUGCAUUAUAGGUUGGCUUUUAGUCUAUUUCUCCAAGGAAGCUUGGUCACUUGACAUAGGGAGAUUUUCUACAGGAUAUGGCAUAGGAAUUUUCUCUUUUGUGGUGCCAAUAUUUAUAGCUGAAAUAGCACCAAAGAAUCUUCGUGGAGGACUUGCGACGCUUAAUCAGCUCAUGAUUGUUUGUGGUGCAUCGACUGCAUACUUGCUUGGAACAGUCAUAACAUGGCGAACUUUGGCUCUUACCGGAAUUCUUCCUUGCGUUUUCCUACUUGUGGGACUGUUCUUUAUCCCGGAGUCUCCCCGAUGGCUGGCAAAAAUGGGACUUCAGAAAGAAUUUGAAUUGGCAUUACGUAAACUUCGUGGCAGAGAUGCUGAUGUUUCUCAAGAAUCUGCUGAUAUUCAAGCUAGUAUUGAUACCCUACAAUAUCUUCCUAACGCUAGACUCUUCGAUUUGUUUAAUGGGAAAUACACCCGUGCUGUCAUUAUUGGUGUUGGAUUAAUGGUGUUCCAACAGUUUGGAGGAAUAAAUGGAAUCGGUUUCUAUGCAAGUGAAACGUUUGUGGCUGCCGGAUUUUCUUCAGGGAAAUUUGGAACAAUUGCUUAUGCUAUAAUUCAGGUCCCGAUAACUCCAAAGAAAUGCCCAGAUCCUCUAAGGGCCUUGCCACUGCCAGACCAGAUCCCAAUAACCAUGGUCAUUGCUAAAUCCCAGGUCUACAUAGCAUCAUUUUCAAUAGGAAUGGGAGCAGUUCCUUGGGUCAUAAUGUCAGAGAUCUUCCCAAUUCACAUGAAAGGUUUAGCUGGGAGCCUGGUAGUACUAGUAAACUGGUUAGGUGCCUGGGCAGUUUCCUACACAUUCAACUUUCUCAUGAGCUGGAGUUCAACAGGAACAUUCAUGAUCUAUGCUGGAUUCUGUGCUCUUACAGUUCUAUUUGUGGUGAAGAUUGUGCCUGAAACAAAGGGAAAAACUCUAGAGCAAAUCCAGGCCUCCAUCAACUCGCUGAAUUAA